CCCAGCCGAGAUGUGGUGCUUUCUUGGCCUGGAUUGCCUUAGAAAGCCCUUUGGAGGCGCCGGCGCUGGAUGGUUGCUGCUCCUGUUCUUCGCUGGCUCGGGGCAGGAUGCUGCCGUCGGAAUGCAAGGGGGGAGCCUCUUUCGCAACUGGACGGCUCGACCUCGAGGCCGACGCGGGUCCGAUGGCAUUUCGCCUUCACCUUCCUUUCUAAUUCUUCGCGUCUCGCAUAUUCUCAGCAGGGCUGUUAGACUAUGUCGACAGAGAGAGAGAGAAGAAGCGGAGCGCCGAGAUAUGCAGGCAAAGAUCUACCCAUGACCAGCCACAUGGAGCAAUUCAAGAUCAUUGUCUGGGAAGAAGAAAAUUUCCAGGGGAAGCGUUCCGAAUUCAUGAUGGAAUGCCCCAAUGCCAUGGAACGUGGUUUCCGCAAGAUUCGCUCCAUCAAAGUGGAAAACGGCCCCUGGAUAGGCUUUGAGUAUCCUGAAUAUCAAGGGCAGCAAUUCAUUUUGGAGAAAGGAGACUACCCUCACUGGGAGGCCUGGAGUGGAAACAGUGCUUAUAGGACCGAGAAUCUACUCUCCUUCCGGACUAUCAGAUGUGCCAAUCAUAAUGACAGCAGAGUGACUCUGUAUGAGUCAGAGAACUUCCAAGGUAUCAAGUUUGAGCUGACUGAUGAUUAUCCAUCAUUGCAAGCCAUGGGAUGGUGCAGCAAGGAAGUAGCCUCCAUCAAAGUUCUCUCUGGAGCGUGGGUGGCAUAUCAAUAUCCAGGCUACCGAGGCUACCAAUAUAUCCUGGAACGGGACCGACAGAAUGGUGAAUAUCGGAAGUACACUGACUAUAGCAGCCAAGCCCAUAGCAGCCAGAUCCAGUCCAUCCGCCGUAUCCAGCAUUGAGCCAGGUCUUAGCAGCAGAAACAGUAGUAUUAUAUUUCCUGUGCAACCCUCACCUUCACUUUGGCCACGUAGUAGACCUGCACCCAGUAGCUAAUAAAGGCAUUUA